AUGGAACAACCCAAACUCGCUAAGGUCAACAAGGUGCUUGGAAGGACUGGUAGCCGUGGAGGUGUCACACAAGUCCGCGUGGACUUCAUGGGAGAGGGCGGAUGGGAAGGCCGUGUGCUCAUCCGCAACGUGAAGGGACCCGUCAGGGAGGGUGACAUCCUCGCCCUGCUUGAAACCGAAAGGGAAGCACGCAGGCUCAGGUGA